AAACUUUUUAUUUGGAAGAAAUGAAAUUUGGGCGGACAUUCGUGUAGUGCUCAUUACCAUUUCAAUCGUGAGGCAAGUUCAUCACCAUCAGCCUAAGUCAUAGCUGACACAAUGCAAAUCGAUCAAGUGCCAAAGGCAAGCACUUCCAAACUUCCAAAAGUAUCAAUAUACAAAAUGCCAGAAUCAAAGCAUGAACCUGUUGGACCGGAAGGAGCUCCUCUUUGGCGAAUAACGGCAGCUUCAGAUCCAAAUACGACACCAUUAGAGCUCAUGCAUGUUUGGGCAGUCGAAAUUGAUCCACGUAAAUCAAAAAAUUACAUGCAAUUCUCUAGAUCUGUUGCUAGAAGACUUAAAGCUGCAGAACAAGGUGGUGAUGCGAAUGAAAGAUCAGCGUCAUCUUCAAGAUCCAAGAAGAACAAUGGCACACCUUCAGCGCAUACGAACGGACACUCACAAAAUGGCAACGGACAGCGAAAAGAUGGCAGAGAUGGAGAUGAUGAAGAUGAAGGCGAAGGAUCAGAUCAAUCAGACAGUAGCGCAAGCGGAACGAGUGGUAUGGAAGAUGUAGAUGAAUCUUUGAGGCAUUUACGACUUUUCCAAAGAACGGGUGAGAACGGUGAAUUGUUUGGCUUGGUCUGUCGUGUGGCAGAUUUACCGUCAUACGAUGAUGUACUUUCGCUGCUCAAGCCAGUCGAUGUCACAUUUGAUGGAACAGAACCAAAACCAUUUCAAGUAGAAGUUCCAAACGGUCCUGCACCAAGUCGAAACAGGUUACCGGAAUGGAAGAAAUUUUGGCCGGUAAGCGUAAAGUAUGGCAGAGUUUUGAAUUCUGUCGUCGUUCCUUCGCUUUCUGGACAAUUACAAGCGCCUUCCUGUAGUGCUUCUCCUGGGGUGGUGGAUCGAGCUUUAGAUGCUCAACUUUGGACACCGAUCGCCAAAGAAUGGGCAAUUCGCAAUUUCAGAAAAUGUUUAAGGACAGCAUGGCAAGCAGAAAAGAAUGGAGAUGUGCCGAUAGGAGUACAUGUAACCUCAACUUAUCCUGAAGGUGGAAAGAUCGUUAGCGGUGUUGGAGAAGGACAAAAGAGUAUCGAAGUGCAUGGUUGGGAUACCCGAAGAAGCGAACGUAAUCCGAUCAAACAUGCGGUCACCAAUGCGAUUCGUGAAGUUGCAAAAGUACGAAGUGAAAGGGAUUGGGAACGUUUAUUGCUCUUGAAUGCAAAGGUGGCUAAUCUUUAUCGGGAUCCACAUGCUAAUCCAGAUGAGCAUAGGCUGGCGAUGCAAAAAGCAGAGGCGGCUGUUGCUGCUUCUAUGGGUACCAGUACUGGACCCCCCUCUCCUUCUUCGUCUAAUGGAGGAACUCCAAAAGGGCUCUUGAACGGACAAGACUAUUUGUUGAACAAUUUGUCGUUAUUCAUCACUCACGAGCCAUGCGUACAUUGUUGUAUGGCAUUGGUACAUUCUCGUGUUCGUGCGAUUUACUUUAUUCAACCUUCGCCUUACGCAGGUGGCUGUUGUGGUUCAGGCAUGGAAUCUUCUCGUCAAUGCAAAUUUGCCCAAGAUGGCGGACCGUAUGCAGUACAAGAACAACAAGGCUUAAAUCAUCGGUUUGACGUUUGGCGAUGGGUAGGCAAUGAUGAUGAUCUGCGCAAGACAGAGUAUGAUAUCCCAAUCAAUGAUCCAACCUUGCAAGAUGAUAUAGACCCGAAUUGUCCAAAUGAAGGUAGUAUUCGAUUAGACCACUUCGCAUUGGAUGCAUAGAAGCGAUGCAAAUAAACGCAUAUCAAUUGUACAAUAGAAAUGCAUAAUGGAAUCUGAUGAUGUAAGAUAGGGUUCAUUUGGUGUUAUAUAUC